GGAGAACGUCAUUUAUGUGCCUGUGAAAGCGGGCUAUGAGAUACAGGAGUCAAGUUGCGAUAUUGAGGAAUGGAAUGCUGUUCUCGCGGAAUCGGACAGUGAUGGACCUGCUGAAGACGACACUGAUGACGAGGAUUGGCAGGCAGUCAGAAGAGCUCUCAGGAAUAACGAGGAAUGGGAUGAACUCCUUACGAGUAUGCGAUUGGCAGCUGCUUCAGUGAAGACGACAAAGCCUUACGAUGGAACCACUCGGCAAAAUUUGCACCACCGAAAGAUGGUCCUCAAAAGGGCAGCAGUAGGCACCCCUCCCCUCUCUACAUUUGGGUUCACUAUGCCAACACUGACAGCUCCUCGCCGGAAGAGAGUUGUCCAGGAAGUAGAACCUUCAGGUAUGAUAACUGGAUACUGUGUGCCUAUAAUAUGAAUUAUUAAUAUAUUAAUACUAACAUAUAUGUAAUAUCACCUUUCAGGAAUGUAGAUGUGCGCCGCAAUGCAGGGAUGGUAUUGGAAAUUCAAGGUUACUUGG